UUUAAGUUGGGAGUUUUACCUUACUUCAUUUCACUCUCAAUUUUAAGUAUAACAGUGUGUAAGAUUUUAUUAGAGAUCGUGAGGUGUAAAUUCUGAUUUAUUUUAUCUCUAGGUAUUCUCAUCUUUUCUGUGUGUUUCACCAUCGGUACUCUUUACCAGCAGUUGUUUAAUCAAUUUGUAAUAGAGAAGACUCAGUAGGAGAAAAUGUCAAAUCUAAAAAUGAAAGAGGCCGCCCUUAUCUAUCUUGACAGAAGUGGAGGCCUCCAAAAGUUUAUAGAUGAUUGCAAGUUCUACAAUGAUUCAAAACAAAGUUAUGCAGUCUAUCGAUUCAGUAUUUUAAUAAAUCCCUCUGAUAUUGUUGAAUUGGAUGCUGAACUUGGAAAUUACAUUUUACACCAGCCACUAAAAGCUGCUCAAGUUUUUCAAUCUGUCUGUUUUAUUGCUGUUAAGACUCUUUCACUAAUUGGACAAUUACAGACUGAAGCUCAAAUUAAUAUAGUGCUGAAGUUAACACAUUUACCUCCUCUGCGAAGUUAUAGUCUUGAUCUUUGUGAAUUUCCACUUGAUUAUGCAUCUCAAAGAUUUUAUAUGAUGCAAGGUAUUGUGAUUGCAAUGACAACUGUAACCAAGUACACACAAGGUGCAAGAUUUCUUUGUUCAGAUGAAGCAUGCCCUCUGUCGAAAGGAUUUGAGUAUAUAAGAGUGCAUGUGCCUGGUGCUACUGAAUCUGCAACAGUAAGAAAUGACUUUUUGUGUAAUCUGUGUUCAUCUUCACUUCAAGAAGACAGAAAAUUUAGAGUACUUGGUGAUAAACAGAUAGUUGAAAUAAUCACAGCAAAGGCACUUCAUGCUUUUCAAGGAUAUUCCAAUAACCAGCCAUUUAGGUUUCAAUCUCUUACAAUUUUUCUAAGGGAUGAAUCUGUGAGUAAAAUGAAUAUAGGAAAUGAGUAUAAAAUUAUUGGAAUUCCAACCUGUGUAAGAACUUCACAAACUGCUGUCUGUAUAGAGGCAAACAGUAUCAUUUCUUGUAAUCCAGAAGUUCCUUCAGGAAUAAGCGACAAUUUUAGGUAUCUCCUCUCUUUGACUUCCAGCUCAUGCUGGAAAUUUACUGCGAUACUUGCCAAUAUCUUUGCAUCACAAAUUGUUCCUCCUGGGACUUACAAUUUGCUCAAGCUAUGUUUGCUGAUGAGUCUAGUACAGACAAGUGACCGUAACAAGGAACUGAAAGAUUGCCUGGAUAUUUUAAUCAUGACAAGUGAUACUCUACUUGUAGACAGGCUUUUGAAUUUUAGUAUAAAACUUGUGCCUCGUGGCAUACGUCAUCCAGUCUCUACUGAAAUUUUUCCUACUCUAUCCAGGAAUAAGUAUGGAACUGGAGCAGUUAGUAUUCAAGCUGGCAGUGCUUUGCUAGCUAAAGGUGGUAUCUGCUUUAUAGGAGACUUGGCUUCACACAAAAAAGAUAAACUAGAACAGCUUCAAUCAGUUGUGGAAAGCAGAAGCAUCACAGUAUACAUCCCAGGAAAGAAGUUUGGGGAUGAUAUUAAUCAACAAAUGACUUUUCCAGUUCAGUGCAGUUUUUGGUCUUUUGUUGAUAUGGAUUCAUCUUCAAGGAGAAAUAUGCAGAAAACCAACACUCUCAUUGGUCGGAUGGAUUGCAGUUUGAUUCCAGCUAAUCUUGUAGAGGCGUUUGGAUUAUUGAUUAACUGCAAUGAAUCAUCUUCUUGCUACCCACUUAUUUCUACUGUGCAACACACUUUAAAGAAAGCCAUCGAUCCUGAAGAGCUCCUUUAUGUAGCUUCUAAGAAGUUCACAACUGAAGAUUUUGAAAAGCUGCUGGCUUUUGCAAAGAAUUUGAAUGUGGAAUUCAGUUUGGAGGCAGAAAGAAUGAUCCAUGGCUAUUAUCUAGCAAGUCGCAGAAUCAGAACAGAUUCUAUAAGUGGAUCAAAAUUGUCAGCAUCUGCAUUAAAAUAUUUAGUUUCCCUAGCUGAAGCGCAUGCUCGACUGAACUUAAGGAAUAAAGUGCUUAAAGAAGAUGUACUAAUUGCAGCCUUAUUGUUUGAAACAUCUCUCACACUGAAAUAUGGGGCCACUGCAUUUUGUGUUGCUCCAAAUGCAGUAUUUCCAUUUGAAUUGUAUAAUGAAGAGUAUUUGGAGCAAAGGGAUAUCUAUUUGAAUCAAUGCCAACAGCAGCUCCAACAGUUUAUUGCCACAUAUGGACCUGGGACAGCUAUUUUCACUAGUGAUGAAUAG